UAACGUGUUUUAACAACGUGUUUUAACGUGUUUUAACGUGUUUUAACAACGUGUUUUAACGUGUUUUAACGUGUUUUAACAACGUGUUUUAACGUGUUUUAACGUGCGCCCUGUGUCUGCUAUGAGCUCGGACUGCGACAGUUACUACGGUAAAGAGCAGGUGUUGGUGGAGGGCUUCAGGUGUCCCAGAGCCGACAGUCACACCGCGCGGUUCUGCUGCGGGUUCAACGACCUGAAGUACUGCUGCGAUGACCCCGACAGCUUCUUCCCUUACGAGUACGGAUACAUGUGGUGGUUAAGUUUCGGAGCUCUUGUGGGUCUCUCUGUAGCAGCUGUGGUUCUUCUUGCCUUUAUCGUCACUCUGUGUGUCCUCUGCUAUCUGUUCAUCACCACUAAACCCAGAGGUCUGGACAAUGGGCUGCCGCUCCGAGCACCAGGCUCUACAUCGAGUCCACAGAGACCAGGACCGAGCCAUUCCAGUGCCCCUGCUGGUCCUCAAGGCCUCAGGAAACACUUCCUGAGGGGCAAGCUGGACUGUGACAACCAGCCCCCGGACCCUGACCGCCUUUUCCAACGUUGUUUCAUGGCCACUGUGACAUCUAUCAAAGUCGAGGGUCCUGCAUAGACUUGCGAACUAUUUUACUUCUUGAUUGUGUCGUUGCUCAAAAGUUGCUCAAUGGCAGCCAUCAGAAACAUUUUGUGUGGACGCCUGAACUUGACAUGAAAUGAUAUUUAUUGUAUUUAUAAUAUUUUAAUCAUCUGCCUACCAUUUCAACACUUUCACUUUCCAUAGCCAUUUAAUAAGCGUCUCGGCCACUGCGUCAAAGGGUGCCCCUCAAAUAUGCGUCUGUCAGGUUAGGAUGGCAACCAGUGGCAUCUCGCGAAAGUCACAGGAAUUAUGUUUGUUUUAACGAGACUUAUCUGCCCAACAGUCGUUUUUCAGAAGUCCUGUGAAAAGUAAAGAUGGUGUAACACAGGCAAGUAUGUGGUUUCUCAGGAAAUUGCCAAGAGUAGUGAUGGAGAUGUCGUGAGGGACUGCUGGGUGAAAGAGGCCGACAUAUGCUGGCUCCCAAAAUUACCAUGCAGUCAUCAAAACUCUUCAGAACCCCUGGUGAAAUCACAAUACUGCUCCUUUGAGAAUUGGCUUUGGAUUGAUGAGAUUGGCUGAGUUAUAAUACAAUUUUUAUUUCCCUAGAAAUGUCCCUAAAGACCAGAGGCUGUUAGCACCUGUUGGUCAUGAAUUUUGCAGAAUUCAUCACUGAGAUCCGACAGGAAAUAACCUCAAAACACUUUUUGAAUGAUGAUCAUUUUAGUCUCAGACAUGAUUUUGUUGAACCUGAGGGAUUUCGACAAACGGCACAAAUUAAGGGGACUGUUAUUGAACUGUACCGUGCGUUUGAAUUUUUUGUUGCCGCUCUGGUUUCUUCUUGCCCAAACUCUGCUUUUACAUUUUAACAUAGAAGUCAGUAAUGAGGGGAGUUGGAUAACAGAUAUUUUGUGAUGAAAGUUUUGAGGUGUUGAUUGGAAAAAAAAUGAACUGUUACAGUAUGUUAAUACAUCAGAUCAUAACAAAAUAUAAGAUGACUCCCAGGUUGAGAACUUCUAGCUUGCAGGGCCACUCCAUUGAUUUUUUUUUUCACAUUACUCGUCAUGACAUCUUUAAAAAACCCAAUGUGAUAUCCAAGAUUGGCAGGAAGCUGCAAAGUUCAGUGACAAUCAGUGGGCAUGGAGUUUGAAAGUUUUUUGUCCACAAAGCAGGAAUGGGACGAAAUACGUUAUGGAAUGCAUUAUGGGAAUUUCAGGCCUUCAGUGGUUUUAAUGCCUCCGCGCUGACGAGUCAGUCCAUUCUUGUAAACACGAUAUUUCAAGAACGCCAGGAAGGAAUUUCUUCUAAUUAAAAAGAGGUGUAUAUUAAAGCAUUACUAACCCUGGACUGAAUGCUGCUUCAUCACGUUCCAGUAUCCCCGUCUCGUUUCAAAUGUCCACUGGAAGGGUUUCAGAAGUGGAGCAUCUUUGGUCAGUCUGUUAAACACCAGCUGCAUUUACAACACAGUUGCCUACAAAAUUAGCAUAGCUGUAGUUAAGGUCGGUAUGUCGGUUGGUCUAGGCAAAAAUAUCUCAACCAAACGAUCCCUUUAGCAGCAACAGAACAAACCCUUUCACACAAUUGUCCCAUACAAUUUGCAUUCCCCAAAUAUGUGCUUUGUUGAGUGAAAAAGUCAUAGAAAGGAUACAAAUCUGCAUCUCAUACCCAUCUGUCAGUCUGGCGCUCACGUCCUGUUGAAGUCUGUGAUCGCUUUGAUGGUGCUGUAGGAGAAACCAGAGCUUUAUAUUUGGAGAUACAGAUUCUCAUGUGGUGCCAUGACCGUUCUGCUCAUUUUAAGAAUAUUCGUGUAAUGUGUCUAUCUCUGUUCACUGACAAAUUCAUGAAGUCAUUAAAGACCUCAGUAGCACAGCCAGUUAUGUUUACUAUCAUGGUACUUAUAGAAAAGAUAUUGGGCAGCUCAAGUGCCUCACUGAUUAAUGUGUAUUUUCCAAAAUGAUUAUUAAAGCUAUGA